GCCCGGCGCGGGCGUCCCGGCGAUGUGUGGCGCUGAAGCGGCAGUGGGAGCGGCGGCGGCGGCGGGCUUGGCUUUGGCUUCGCGGCGGUGCGGGCGGCGGCGGUGGCGGGGCAAGCCUCUCCUCAGGAACUGGCGAGCCCGGGCCUAAGCGGCGGCCCCGUAAAACCCCCGCACGGCGCAACAGGCCGGGCUCCUCCUCGUUUCGCCCUGCCCCGGGAGCCUGCCUCCCCGGCCGGGGAUGAGGCCGGGAAGCGGCUGCGCGGGGCCCAGCACAAAGGCUUGUCCCCAGGGGCCACCGCCGCUGCCGCCGCCGCCGCCCCCACCAGCCUAGAGCCGCCUGUGGAAGCCGAGCCGGCUCCCGGGCCCUCAUCCCCUCCGGUCCCCAGUGGCGGGCACUAUCCGUGUCCCCGAGGCCCAGGAACCCGCGCUCCAAGUCCUUUGCUUCCUCGGCUGCCAGGGGAUCAGACAGCCGCGCAGCCUCCGCCGCUCCGGACUGUGGGAGCCCUGCGGAGCAUGUCAGAGGAUAUGGAGAAAGCCAUCAAGAACCCCAGAAAACUGGCACAGUGGUGCAAGUCUUGUCAUCCCAGCGCACAGGAGGAUCAGAACUCAGAACCAGUGCCAUUCCAAGGUUUUGGUGGGAAACCUCCAUUUUAGAAGAAUAUAGUAUCAACUGGACUCAGAAGCUGGGAGCAGGAAUUAGUGGUCCAGUUAGAGUCUGUGUGAAGAAAUCGUCUCAAGAACGAUUUGCACUGAAAAUCCUUCUCGAUCGUCCAAAAGCUAGAAAUGAGGUGCGUCUGCACAUGAUGUGUGCCACACACCCCAAUAUAGUGCAGAUUAUUGAAGUCUUUGCUAACAGUGUACAGUUUCCUCACGAGUCCAGUCCCAGGGCUCGACUCUUAAUUGUAAUGGAGAUGAUGGAAGGGGGCGAGCUAUUUCACAGGAUCAGCCAGCACCGGCACUUUACAGAGAAGCAAGCCAGCCAAGUAACAAAGCAGAUAGCCCUGGCUCUACAGCACUGUCAUUUGCUAAACAUUGCGCACAGAGACCUCAAGCCUGAAAAUCUGCUUUUCAAGGAUAACUCUUUGGAUGCGCCUGUGAAAUUAUGUGACUUUGGAUUUGCUAAAGUUGACCAAGGGGAUUUGAUGACACCCCAGUUUACCCCUUAUUAUGUAGCACCUCAGGUACUAGAAGCACAGAGGAGGCACCAGAAGGAGAAGUCUGGCAUCAUACCUACCUCGCCAACGCCCUACACUUAUAACAAGAGCUGUGACUUGUGGUCCCUAGGGGUGAUCAUCUAUGUGAUGCUAUGUGGAUAUCCUCCUUUUUAUUCCAAACACCACAGUCGGACUAUCCCAAAGGAUAUGCGGAGAAAGAUCAUGACAGGAAGUUUUGAGUUUCCAGAAGAAGAGUGGAGCCAGAUCUCAGAGAUGGCCAAAGAUGUUGUGAGGAAGCUCCUAAAGGUCAAACCGGAGGAAAGACUCACCAUUGAGGGAGUGCUGGACCAUCCCUGGCUCAACUCCACAGAGGCCCUGGAUAAUGUCCUGCCCUCUGCUCAGCUGAUGAUGGAUAAGGCAGUGGUUGCAGGAAUCCAGCAGGCUCAUGCUGAGCAGCUGGCCAACAUGAGGAUCCAAGACCUCAAAGUUAGCCUCAAGCCCCUACACUCCGUGAACAACCCCAUCCUGAGAAAGAGGAAGUUACUUGGCACCAAGCCAAAGGAUGGUAUUUAUAUACACGACCAUGAGAAUGGAGCUGAGGAUUCAAAUGUUGCCUUGGAAAAGCUUCGAGAUGUCAUUGCCCAGUGUAUCCUCCCCCAGGCUGGUAAAGGAGAGAAUGAAGACGAGAGACUGAAUGAAGUAAUGCAGGAAGCCUGGAAGUACAACCGCGAGUGCAAGCUCCUGAGGGACGCUCUGCAGAGCUUCAGCUGGAACGGUCGUGGAUUCACAGAUAAAGUAGACCGACUGAAGCUGGCAGAGGUUGUGAAGCAAGUGAUUGAAGAGCAGACUAUUCCCCAUGAGCCCCAAUAGUAAAACUUCAAACUGUUUUAACAAUUUGGAAAAUUAUUCCUUAAUGUAAAAAGUAAUUUUUAUGUAAAUUAAUAAAUCAUAAUUUCAUUUC